CUCUCCAUCUUAUGAUGUCUUCAAGCAACCCAUUGCUUGAGCUCCCCGAGCAACUGGGCUACGUUCAGUGCAGUUUCUGCGCCACGAUCUUGCUGGUGAGUGUUCCAUGCAGCAGCCUGUUGAAGGUGGUAACAGUUCGAUGCGGCCAUUGCACUGGUCUGCUAUCUGUUAGCUUGGUGAGAACUUCUGUUGUUCCCGUUGAACUCCUUGCCUCCCUUGGAGAUGAAGAGGGGAAACAAGAAGAUUUGGGACCCAAAGCUUGCAGCAGUGGAGGUGGAGGUGUUGGAGAGGCAGAGAACGAGACAAGGAGUCCGACAAGAGCUCCCAUCAUCAACAAACGUAAACAAGAACAUCCAAUCCUUCUCACAUCACCUCACACUCAAUUCAGUACUUUUGUUCUCUUUUUCUUGGCAGCUCCGGAGAAAAGGCAGCGGGCUCCUUCUGCUUAUAACCACUUCAUCAGAGAAGAGAUAGUGAGGAUUAAGGCUAGAGAACCCAAUAUCACCCACAAGGAGGCAUUUAGUGCUGCUGCUAAAAAUUGGGCUCACUUCCCUCGAAUCCAGCACAAUGAAGAUGGGAAGAGUUGCAGUUCCAGGGAAGGGAAGAAGAUAUGUGAUGGGCAUGUGGAUGAGGAGAUGCAUGGCAGAAGAAACAACCUCCAUCAAAGAAAGACGCCGAAGCAGGCAGCCUGCUCCGGAGAAGAGACCUGAGCUGGGAACACACCGCCGGCUAGUUUGGUCACCUACUAUUUCAUGUUAGCAUGUCGAAAUGUUCAGUUACCU